AUGUACAAUGUAUUUGACACGGUGUCUGUGUAUGUACAUGUGUGUAUGGUCCGGCGUCUAAAAGUACGAAUCGGUAAACAAACAAGGCCAUACGAUGGCUCAGGUCCACCAGGACCACCAGGACCAGCUGGCAAACGCGGCAAAAAGGGUAAAAAAGGAGAUGCAGGCGAACCGGGUGCGCCGGGACUCAAAGGUGAUCCUGGCGAAUUAGGACCAAUGGGACCCGACGGACGUCGCGGCUAUCCUGGGUUCCCGGGCCCUAUUGGUAUGGAUGGACCCAAAGGAGAGCCGGGACGGAUAGGCGAUAAAGGACAAAAAGGAGAGCUUGGAAAUCCAGGAUUCGAUGUAUUCUCCGCUGUAAAGGAACUUAAGGAGCUGGGUGCUAAUAUCAGCGCAGCGCAGAUCAUUACGCUUAAAGGCGAGCAAGGAGAGCCAGGUCCACCCGGUCCACCGGGACCCUCGGGCGAUCGAGGAGAAUCCGGAAGCGACGGCAGGCAGGGCCCGCCGGGCGAAGUCGGACCCGCCGGCGAAAAAGGCGCGCCAGGACCGGCGGGUCCCGAGGGACCUCAAGGACCAGCGGGCAUCGCAGGAGCAAAGGGAGAACAAGGAAGAUACGGUGCACCAGGUUUACCAGGACUCCCCGGAUUACCUGGCGACAAGGGCGACAAGGGCGAGCGAGGACUGACGACGUCGAUAAACGGCGAGCCAUUCGCCACCGGAGUCUUCGAGGGACCGCCUGGACCUCCGGGACCACCUGGGCCGCAGGGCGAGAAGGGUGACGGUGGACCGACCGGACCACCCGGUCCGCCAGGCGAACGAGGCGCGCGCGGCAAGCAGGGCAAGAAGGGUGAUCGAGGUCAGGAUUCAUCGUUGCUGACGGCACGUCAACUAAUGCGCGGUCCGAAAGGCGAGCCCGGCGAGCGUGGCCGCGAUGGCCCGAGAGGUCCUUCAGGACCCAAAGGUGACGCAGGACCUCAAGGAGUACCGGGUCUCGAUGGGCUGAGUGGAGAAUCUGGAAUUCAGGGACCACCAGGCUUACCCGGACUUGCUGGACCUAAAGGCGAAAAAGGAGAUUAUGGUGACAUUGGACCUCCAGGUCUCAUGGGACCUCCAGGUUUACCUGGUCCACCGGGAUAUCCCGGUUUGAAAGGUGACAAAGGUGACAAAGGAGAAUCGCAGAAGUACAAAAAAGUCAGACGAAGACAGGGUGAUAGCACAUUUGAAGUACAUGCUGGUGAAAUGUCAGGCCAAUAUAUAAUGGGACCGCCAGGACCACCAGGUCCUUCGGGUACACCUGGUUUACAGGGUCCACCUGGCAUCAAGGGCGACCGAGGACACGACGGCGCGAAAGGAGAGCCUGGUGAAAAAGGUGGCAAAGGAGAUCCUGGACCAAUGGGGCUACCCGGCCCAAUGGGACUCAGAGGUGAAGCAGGGAGACCAGGAGAAGGAAAGGCGGGUGCCAUGGGGCCACCGGGCUUAGACGGAAUGAAGGGCGCACAGGGCGAGCCGGGCACCAAGGGAGAAAGAGGAGAGACCGGACUGCCCGGCACGGACGGGAUUCCAGGCUCAGAGGGGCCUAGAGGUGAGAAAGGAGCGAAAGGAGAAGCUGGACCUCAGGGUAAACGAGGCAGACGCGGCGAGAAGGGACACAAGGGCGAGCAGGGUGUGCCGGGCCUGGACGCGCCCUGCCCACUGGGACCCGACGGACUGCCCCUACCAGGCUGCGGCUGGCGGCCACCACAGGGCUCGGCGAGCACGUCGGCGCCAUCGGUCGAGGGUCCGGAACCCGCUGAGACGGAUUACGACGAGCCGGAGCAGGAGCAGGAGCAAGAGCAGGAACAGGAGCAGGAGGACGAGUACGAGGAGUUCCCGGACGAGAACGCCAACAUGGCCGAGAAAUAAAUCUGCCUCUCCGCAAGCUCGAAAAAAUCGCCAACGAGAUUCGGCGACACUCAAUCCAAUAAUCUCUACUCUACUUUAUUUUCCUAAAUCGUCACUAGUUAAUCGCCUACUAUCAAUCGUGCAAAGAGUCAACAAUUAUAAGCCUAAUAAUCACUAGAAUAAUGAGUAAAACUAACUGACUUUAAUCAUUGGGAUGAUGCGCAUUGUGCCAAAGAAUGAUAUUUUAAGAAAAUGGUUGGAAGAAGAGGAGGAAGAUGACGACGAUGAUGAUGAAGAAGAAGACGACGAAGAGGAAAAAGUAAAGAACGGAAGGACCAAAAAGCUCUAUUUAUAUAAAAAACGUCAUAUGAAGUUCUGAGGUGCAUUGCCGUGCUCUCCAUCGACUUCGAAAAUAGAUUAAUUCUUUCACAAUGAAGAUAGUAAACUCGCCAAUAAGUGUUUUGUAAAUAAAAGUACUUACAGUGUUGAAUGCCAAUAGUGUAUGUGUACAUAAGAAUAAUAUCGGCCGCACAAAUAUUCGUUCAGCGAAUGAAAAAUCACGUUGGAAUUGGUCAUCGAUCAAAAAAAAAAAUUAAUAGUUCUUUAUACAUUGCCGUAUACUGCCUGUCAUUGAAAACAAGAUAUACAAUAGUGUAAUGAAGUAUAAGUGGUACCCUCGUGAAAUCUUAGAUUUCGGUUUAGUGCCAGUGAAAAAAAAAGUAUUAAUACAAACUAUUUUUAUUUUUUGUUACGUAAAAAAAAAAUUAAAAUAGUCAUUUGAUUUAUUGCAGCGAUUUAAGACUUUGAGAAAAAUUUAUAAACAUUAUUAUUAUAAUUAAUAUUCAGUAUUGUGAAU